AUGCAGACUGCUUCUACAAAUAUUUGUGAAAGACUGUGCAAUAAGUCCAUCUGUGAAAUUUCCUUGCUGUUAAAUAUUCCAUGGUCAACUGUUAGUGGUAUUAUAACAAAGUGGAAGCAACUGGGAACAAUAGCAACUCAGCCACGAAGUUGUAGACCAUGUAAAAUGACAGAACGGGGUCAGCGCAUGCUGAAUCUCACAGUGCGCAGAAGUUGCCAACUGUCUGCAGAAUCAGUAGCUAAAGACCUCCAAACUACCUGUGGCCCUCAGAUUAAAACAACAACAGUGUGUAGAGAGCUUCAUGGAACGGGUUCCUAUGGCCGAGCAGCUCCAUCCAAG